CCUCGGUAUUUACGGAAAGAAAAACUCUGUUUACGAUGUAGCUAGCGAAUCAGAUGUAAUACUAGCUUCUUCUAAGGUUAACGCUACAUCAGUCAAUAAACAGGAAAAAUUGAAGGAUGGAGGAGCUGCGCGUUGUGCUGCUGGGUAAGACUGGAAGUGGGAAAAGUGCUCUCGGAAAUACUCUUCUCGGUCGUGAAGCCUUUAAGAGUAGACGAGGGCUGACCUCUGACACGAAAAUCUGUCAAUGGGCGGAAGCAUUAGUGGAAGGGAUAAAGUUAAGUGUGACAGACACACCUGGGGUGUGUGACACUCACCGCGAAGAAGAAGAAGUUCUGGUUGAAGUUGGCAAGAGCGUAGCUGUAGCCUGUCCAGGCCCUCAUGUUGUGAUCAUCGUUCUUCGAUGUGAUCGUCGCUUCACUGAGGAGGAAUAUGGAGCUAUUAAGACUCUUCAGAAUUUGUUUGGACAAAGUGUUCGUCAUCAUCUCAUGAUGGUUUUUACAGGAGGAGAUGAUCUUCAAGUUCCUUUUGAGAAAAUGCUGGAUGCUCUGAAAAUCCAAAUUGGGGAAGCAUCUGAAGAUCUCAAGGAAGUUUUGUGUGACGCGUACAACCGCUUUUGUGUUGUAGACAACACUGGUUCAUUUGAAGUGAGGAAGAAAUAUGCAAAUGUUGUCUUAAACAUGGCUUAUGACUUGGUUCAGAGAAACCAUGGGAGAUACUUCACCAAUGAGAUGGUCGACACUUACCACCAAAGUGUACUUGCAGCCAUCCUUCGCCGUCAAAGAGCUGGGAGUAUGACGAGGGAUGAGGCAGUCAAAGACACACGGCAAGCUAUUGUUGAAGAAAAAGAAGAACCUAGCUUCUUUGAAACUCUCAAAGAUAUAGGGACAAGAUUUAUCCUUCCAGUUGUCGGAAGUAUGCUGGUACCGAAGUGCUCUGUUAUGUAAUCAAAUGCAGCUAUCAUCUUCUUUCAUGUCUUACUCAGCCACUGUUUAGAAGAAGACAAAACAAAUUAAUUCUGAGUCAAGAACUUGCCACAAAAUGAGCCAGUACAUUUCUGUUCUCAUUUAAGAAAGCACGUAUAAUUAAUUACAAUCCAACAAGUGGUUUCUGACACAGGACUCUAAGUAGAGAGAGAGAGAUAGAAGAAAUGUUGAAUUAGAAAUUAAGUUAAGAACAGCAUGAUUUUCAAUGAUCUUUUAAGUUUAACAGGUGAACUAUUUCACGAGAAUUUGGAUAUAUUUUAGUUUAAAGCCGAAACUUUGGAAAACAACACAUUUUUGUGAUGCCUUAUAUUUUCUGUAUUGUAAAAUCUACUUUCUGUUUUUAACAAACUACUUUUCGAACUUGUACAGUUAAAGCAAUUUUUUACAGAAUCGUGUAAUAUAAUGUCUUACCUCUUAUCUUUAAAAUACCGGCAACUCGUUAGAAUCGACGCAGUUUACCUGAGCAUAAUGGUAAGCACAGGUAGGAAACAACUCGGUCUGCCCAUACCAAGACUAUUUGUACUUAUCAAUCGAGAUUAAUUUCUUAGGCCAGCACUUGCAAUAAUCAUACGAAUAUUGUCUUUGUUCUCCCAACGUAUAUAAGAGCCUUACCACGACAGUCUGGUGUUGGACCAUUAUCCUACCGCUCUCACUCUCACUAUUAUACUCUUUAAUCUCAUAUUGCUUUCUCGUGGUUUACAUAUUUCAUGAAAUAACAUGUCCGCAUUUCAUUGUUCACAUACUGUUUCCCCAGCAAUCUCCUCAUCGGAGUGAAUGCCAAGUGCUCACUGCAAGUCUCGAUUAGUAGCAAAAGCAAAUAAAUAAUGAAAGGCUAUCAAACAUUGCCAGUUGUCCACAAGUUUUGCAAAUGUACUCAUCAUCAUGUAUCUUUGUUCGCUUAUUGAAUCACGCAGAAUUUCGUUAAUGCUUGUAGUUUACGAUUUUGUCUAAAUCUUAGAUUAGUGUCUUGUAAUUGUGCUUUGCAUUUACAUUGUAAAUAAAACUUUUUGUUAAGUUCUUUGAUUGGUUUUUUAUUGCUGUAAUUAAAAUAU